AUGGAUCAAUGCAAAGCAGUUUCCACACCGCUUGGGGCUCAUUUCAAGUUAAAGACGCCAACAGCUAUAGAACAUAAGGAAGAAGAGGAUUACAUGAAGAAGAUUCCUUAUCAGAAUGCAGUGGGUAGUAUAAUGUAUUCGAUGGUUGGCACUCGUCCUGAUUUGGCACAUGUGGUUGGUGUAGUCAGCAGGUUUAUGUCAAAACCUAUGAGAGAACAUUGGCAAGCCGUGAAGUGGGUUAUGAGAUACAUCAAAGGUUCAGUUGAUACCAGGUUAAGUUUUAAGAAGAAGGGAGACUUCGUUGUUCGAGGUUAUUGUGAUUCAGAUUACGCUGGUGAUCUAGAUCAAAGUAAGUCAACAACUGGUAUGGUGUUUACAGCAGGAGGCAAUCCAGUGAGUUGGAGGUCAUCGCUUCAAAAGGUUGUGGCACUUUCCACUACUGAGGCAGAAUAUAUUGCGCUUUCAGAAGCCGUGAAAGAAGGAGUGUGGUUGAAGCGUUUUGCGGAAGAAUUGGGUUUUCCACAGGAUACUAUUGAAGUGUUUUGUGAUUCUCAAAGUGCCAUUGCUCUUUCUAAAAACGCUGUGUUUCACGAAAGGACGAAGCAUGUAGCUAGCAAGUAUCAUUUCAUCAGAGAUCUGAUUAAGGUGGGAGAAGUUCAGGUCCUGAAGAUAGCUACAACCAACAAUCCAGCUGAUAUUUUUAUGUGUGUAAGCUGCGUGAAGCAUUAA